CUCCUAGUCUCAGUCUAAUUCCGAUUUUGCUGAGAUUAAGACGUACGCGAGCUAGAGUUCCCGCCCGCGGUGUGACGACAAAGCGCCGAGAAUCAGGAUACUUCAACCGUCCAAUAAAAUAGUCGUGCGGGUGUUUCAUCCAGAAAACAUCCCGUCAUAGUUAACACGGGUAGUUCGUCAAAUACACAAAGUUAUACAACGGCUUGUGAUCGACCGUGUAAGUGACGAGAUUAGUUUUUGUUGAUAAAACUGUGGCAGAAAAACGUGAUCUAAACACAGUGAUCAACCGCUGCGACCGCUCAGUUCGAUACAAAUAAUUAGGGAGGUGAAAUAUGAUUUAAUACAGACUCGGAUAUACUUUGGAAGCAAAGCAAAACCAGAGCGAAGAUCGCUCAGUAGCCGGUGAUAAUGAUGAUGGAGUGGAAAUUAGCAUCAACUUUUCUCAUAGCCUCAACGCUCUUGGCAGCGAUUCCAGGGACGGUUGCCAAUUCGCCGAGACCAGCUAGGAGAGCCAAAUGUGUAAAUCGAGAUCGUAUACAGGUUUACGACGGUCAUGAUAGCAUGCUGCAUCAGAGGCUAACGACGCUGCGCAAUGAGAUGCGUACAAGGCCAUCGACCCAGAGUGUAGAGGUGGAUGCCUACUUGGUGACUCCCUACGAUGAGCAUAUGUCCGAUCACCUAAUGGAGUCGGAUCAGCGGUUACAGUUCAUCAGUGGUUUCACAGGGAAAAAUGCGCAAGCUGUCGUUACACUCAAAUCAGCUGCACUGUGGGUCGAUCCCCGAUACUACGAUCAGGCAGAAUAUGAACUUAACUGCGAUUGGAGAAUCUUCCGUAACGAUGAUCGACCGAAUCUGGCGGAGUGGAUAUCGGGAGAAUUGAAACCAGAGUCUAAGGUGGGUGCCGAUCCUCAAUUAGUUCCACAUUCUUUCUGGAUCACCCUGGAACGUCAGCUCAACUCGGAGUUCAUCAAACUGGUUAAAAUAAACAGGAAUCUGAUCGAUUUAGUGUGGGGCCCGAAUCGCCCCGCACCAAAGCUCAAUUCGCUGAAGGUUCAUCCGUUACGGUUCGCUGGAGAACGAUGGGAGAGCAAAGUGAACAAACUCCGCUCGAACUUCACAUCACAUCGUUGCGAUGCCAUGAUUGUAACCUCCUUGACUGAAAUUGCGUACAUUCUGAAUCUACGUGGUAGCGACAUUCCAUACACACCGGUGUUUAAAGCAUAUCUGCUAGUUAGCAAUCGAGAAAUCAUCCUCUACACCAACAAAACCCGAAUUAGUAUGGGUCUGAUUAACCAUUUGAAGUCCCACAACUGCCAUAACGAAUAUUGUGUUUCAAUCAAAGAGUAUGAAGAUGUGCGGCGAGACCUUCAAACGCUGUCUCAACACUGGAAACGAAUUCUCGUUCCAUCGGCAGUUGUUUUUGACCUGGGAGCGUCGGAAGCAAUUCAUUCCGCUCUUCCACGGGGCCUUGUUUUGGAUAAACCUUCGCCGAUUAUUUUCCUCCGUGCCCAGAAGAAUGAGAUCGAGAAGGAGGGUAUGAAGAAGGCACACAUCCGCGAUGGAGUCGCGAUGUGUGAAGUGUUGAGUUUUCUGGAAAGUCGGUUUCUCGCAGGCGAUACCUUCACCGAGCUUUUGCUCGCUCGUGAAAUUGAUCGCAGUCGAAAAAUCCAAAACCUUUCCGAGGGAACAUCCUUCGAGACUAUCGUGGCUUUUGGUUCCCAUAGCGCAAUUCCACACUACACGCCGAGUAAUUUAACCGACUUCGAAAUAACCGAGCACAACACGCUGCUAAUCGAUUCCGGUGGUCAAUAUCAGGAUGGAACUACCGACGUGAGCAGGACGAUUCAUUUGGGCGAACCAUCACCAGAGCAGAUCCGAGCGUACACAAACGUUCUGAUUGGGAUGAUUCGACUCUCGGUGCUGAUCUUCCCGGAAAACUUGCAACCUGCCGAGUUGGAUGCCCUGGCUAGGGGACCAGUUUGGGGAGAAAUGAAUGAUUAUCCACACGGUACGGGUCACGGAAUUGGUUCAUAUCUUUCCGUACAUGAAUCUCCGAUCAAUGUUGCGUAUACGACGAAGCAACGUUAUGGUUUCAAGGAAGGGUAUUUCUUCUCAAAUGAACCCGGAUACUACAAAAAAGGAAACUACGGGAUUCGGCUUGAGAAUGUUCUGGAAGUCCAGGACACUGGCAAAGUGCACCCGUCCGGCUUCAAGUUCCUCUCCUUCCAAGAUAUCACGCUGGUUCCGUUCGAACCCAAAAUGAUUGAUCGCUCUCUGCUGAGUGGCCCAGAAAUAAAAUGGAUCAACGACUAUAACGCCCGCAUCCGUCAGCUGGUCGGUGACGAGCUCAAGCGGAAGCAAAAAAUGGACGCCUUCUACUGGAUGAUGAACAAAACGAGAAACAUUCCCGAGUACAAGUCCGAUGCGGAUUACCAAGGUUCUGCCACGCGGACGACUGCAUGGACCUGUCGACUGUUGAGUUUUGUAUUUACUGCCGUCGUUGCAAAUAAUUUGUUAAUCUUAGGAUAACUUAGACAUUGAUCCAAAGGACGAAGUCUCUCUGUCUACAUUUUUCUCGUGUCUUAACCCCAGAUAACUCGAACACAGUCCACCUAAUUCAACUCUAGAUUCAGUAGAAUAAGGCUAGCGAAUAAGACGGUAGAUGUUCAUAUAACUUAUUUAUUAAUAAUUUAUGUUGAUGUUGAUAGUUACCAGAGCGAAACAAGUGAUAUUUUAAAAAAUGUAUUCGUUGGAGAUUAAACAUAUACUAGUCUGAAACCAAAAAUUGAAGAGUAUUCAUCAUUUA